AUGCAGACCUCCACCUUGGUCAUCGCCUCCGCCGGCACGGUCUUGACCGGCCUGUUGGCCUAUGCCGUGUACUUCGAUCACAAGAGACAGACCGACCCCGAGUUCCGCAAAUCGUUGAAGAAGAACAACCGACGAAUGGCGAGAGCCGUGAAGGAAGAGGCGGAGGCCCAGGGCGCGAUGGAACGGGAAACCAUCAAGCAGGCCGUUCAGCAGGCCAAGGAUGAGGGCUUCCCGGCCGACCUGGAAGAGAAGGAGGCUUACUUCAUGUCCCAAGUCUCCAAGGGAGAGUCUCUCUGUGCCGAAGACAAAAUUGAGGCCGCCCUGGCCUUCUACAAGGCCUUGAAGGUGUACCCCCAGCCCAAGGACCUCAUCUCGAUAUAUGACAAGACCGUCCCCAAGGAGGUGCUGGAGAUCCUGGCCGAGAUGGUCGCCAUGGACGCCGGUCUGAAGCUCGGCUCGUUCACUGGCGAGGGUGGCAGUGCUGAAAGCCACGGAGUCGAGUAA